AUGGAUAUGAAUGAGAUAACUACUACAAAAUUGAGUAAUUGGUCUUGCAACCACUGUUGUCGAAUCCUAAAACAUGGCGAGUUUCGUUUCAAUUGUGUUAGUUGUGAAAAUUAUGAUUUAUGCAAGCAAUGUUUUCUAACACUCGAUCCACCACAUCCUCAUCAAAUGAUACGUGAACUAGCAUAUGGAAAGGAAGAAACGGUACAAGAAUGUCAAAGUACAAGUAUGGCUAAUGGAAUUCUAACUGCUGUAACUAUUUAUAAUGAUCGUUAUUGUUUGGGUGUACGAGAUGUUGACACAAAGAAUCCUUCACUCUAUGCUGAUACAUACUCUUGGUUAACAUUUGAAACAGUGGGUAUUCGAUGCAAAAAAUUUGGACAAGGAUUAAGAGAUAUAAUUGAACCACGUGGUUAUCUUGGUAUUUGUGCAGCAAAUCGACCUGAAUGGGUAAUUACAGAUUUUGCAUGCAUUCUUCAAAGUAUUAUCAGUGUGCCAAUAUAUUGUUUAUUGAACGAUUUCGAACUUGCUUAUGUUAUCAAUAAUACACAAGUAUCAGUAAUUGUUUGUGAUAAACAAAUGUUGCCAAAAUUUAUUCGGUUACAUGCAGAAUGUCCAUCACUUCAUCAUAUUGUAUGCAUGGAUUCGAUUCCCGAAACAAUAUUAGGUAAAUAUUAA